CUUCUCGGCUAGGUAGGUAUCCUCUCUCUCACCGCCUGACGCCAGCGCGGGCCUGCGCGCCGAAGCGUCGUGGGACGACGGCGGGCGCGCGCGCCACCUCCACUUUGACGACAACGAGAUCGAGGCUGCGCUGGUGAUCCGCGCCUUCCUGCGCGUCAUAACGACGGGUACGGUUGCAACAACGCCAGACGGCAGCGGAACGCCGUCGGUGUCAGCGCUGCGCCGCCUCAUCCUUUUUCUGCGCAAGUGGGACUGCCCCGUCGCGCUCCAGCUCGUGCUGUUCAAAGUCAAGGAGCUGCUGAGCCAGGGCAUCUCUGUGCCAAUGUACACGUUCAUCCUCGGCGCGACGGCCGACGACGUCGAGACGUGCGCGCUCGCACUCAAGCACCACAGCCAGAGCUGGAACGGGACGGCCUACGCUGACGUGCGCAACGAGGGCACGCACGGCGCCAGCACUCUCGACCCAACGCACCUCCCGUACACGCUUUGGAGCUGGGUGCCGACCGAGUAUAUGUGGGCUCUGAGCCGCGCGUGGGGGCGCAAUGUCAAGGACGGGGCGCGGCUGCCGGAUGAGUUCCAGCGCGUGCUCGCUGUCAUCAAGGGUGAGGAUGAGAGAGGGAUGUUAGGCUAGGGAGAGAGAAGGCGGGAAGACGGUGCGAAGCGGGAUCAAGCAGACGGCGAGCCGUGUGCAGGGGCUGGGGUUGUCGUAGACCGACGCGCCGCCCGACGCGCGCCGCGGGCCGCCCAACGCGCCGACGCCCAACAUCCGACACCCGAUGGCCGAUGAACUGGGCGCCGAACAUUGGUGAUGGCUGACUCCAGGCGGACACAGCCGGACGUCGUCGAGCGCGACGUGCUAGAAUCGCCGAA